AUGAUGCACCGUUGCGGUCUACUGGCGUUGUUGUUUAUGGCAUGCGUCAAUUGUCAAGACACCACCACACCAAAAGACGCUACGACUAACGGAACAACAGGGUUCAACAAUACAACAUUGUCGAACAACAACAAUACAACACCGUCGAACACCAACAAUACAACAAUCAGCACCCCAACAACUGAUGUAGGCACCAAUAACAACGUGACGGAGGCCAUGGAGUUUCUGGCCGACUAUAAUGUCCAGGCUGGACGCGAAAGGAACCUGGCUGCGAUCAAACAAUGGGUGGCAGAAACAAACAUCACUGACUACAACCAAGAGCAAGCGGUGCAACAACUGGUGAUCGCAUCUACCUUUGACAAAAAGAUGAGAACAGCAGCUUUGAAGUUCAAUCAGUCGGCCAUGCCUCCUGACAUCAAACGCCAGUUAUCAAAAAUCACAGAAAUUGGUGUAUCGGCGCAACCAAACGAAACAAAAGUUGCUGAGCUUUCCAAUGUUACUUCAGAGAUGGAGUCAAUUUAUGGGACAGCCAAAGUCUGCAUUACGCCAAACAGCUGUCUGCCUUUGGAGCCUGAUAUCACUCAGAUCAUGGCAACGUCAAGGAAUUAUAGCGAGCUGCUGGCUCUGUGGUCUGGCUGGAGUAACCAAACUGGCAGGAAAAUGAAGCAUCUCUAUACCAGAUACGUGGAGCUAAAUAACGAGGCUGUACGCUUUCUAGGAUACAACGACACCGGAGAGAUGUGGCGUUCCGGUUACGAGUCGGAUACUUUCAUCAGUGAGGUCAGGGACCUUUUUGACCAGCUGACACCUCUUUACCAGCAUCUGCACGCAUUCGUGAGACGGCGCUUAAGAAAGGUUUACGGGGACAGCAACUUUCCCUCCACAGGUCACAUCCCGGCACAUAUUUUAGGUGAUUUGUGGGCCCAACAGUGGGAUCACCUCAUUGACAUCCUGAAGCCGUACCAAAACAAAUCGGCCUUGGACGUGACCCCGGAAAUGGUCAGCCAGAACUACACAGUGAAUAGAAUUUUUCGCACGGCUGAGAAUUUCUUUGUGUCUCUGGGAUUCGAUGAGAUGGUACCAACUUUCUGGAAUUUGUCUAUGCUGGAGAAGCCAACAGAUGGACGUGAUGUUGUAUGCCAUGCAUCUGCUUGGGAUUUCGGAGACCAGAAAGAUUUCAGAAUCAAGAUGUGUACGGUCAUCACCCAGCAGGACCUUAUGACGGUCCACCAUGAAAUGGGCCACAUUGUCUACUACAUGCAGUACAAGGACCAGCCGAUCAUCUACCGUGAAGGGGCAAAUGAUGGUUUUCAUGAAGCCGUUGGUGAUGUGAUGACGUUGUCGGUCCAAACACCGGAACACAUGAAAAAGUUGAAUUUGGUCAAGGAAAUUCCUUCAGAUAAAGAAACUGACUUGAAUGUCCUGAUGAAUAUGGCCCUGCAGAAAGUGGCCUUUCUACCAUUUGGUUUCCUCAUUGACCAGUGGCGUUGGUCAGUUUUUAGUGGGGCUACCACACCGGAUACAUAUAACAAAGAUUGGUGGGACCUGAGAUGUCAUUUGCAAGGAGUAUCUCCCCCCAUAGCCAGAUCUGAGGAGGAUUUUGAUCCAGGGGCAAAGUUCCAUGUAGCUGCAGGAGUGCCUUAUCUCAGGUACUUCAUCAGUUUCAUCAUUCAGUUCCAGUUUCACAAAGCAGCGUGCCAGGCAGCCAACCACACUGGACCUCUACACCGAUGCGACAUCUACAACAACACAGCUGCAGGACAGAAGCUUCGGGACAUGUUGAAACUUGGCUCCUCGAAGCCAUGGCAGGAAGCCAUGAAACAGCUCACCGGUGAGGAAAAGAUGAGCGCCCAGCCUCUCAUGGAAUACUUCAAACCACUGCUUGACUUUCUCCGAGAACAGAAUGGAAAUGACUAUGGGUGGGACCCGCAUUGCCCUACCUUCACCAGCAAUAGCAGUCAACCAGAGGCAACCACCGUAGCGCCAGCAACGUGUCCAAACGGCAAUGGGGUUGAGAUGGUCGGCCCAUCGUUACUGCUGGUUUUUGUUGUUUUGUAUGCGCUGCUGCUUUAA